GGAAAGUAGGACGCUUUGACAUAGUCUAGCGUUUGAAGCACGGAAAGGCACACGCGUUCCAAUCUUCCGGCGAAAGCCGGCCCCGACGACCAACGAGCAGGAGCAGCGGGAUUCACUGUUGAGACGCAAGGACAACGCCGGGCACCACUGCUAUUGACGUACAACAAGCUUGUUCAGAGUGUUUAGAAGUUAGAGCAGUUCGGAGAAAGUGAGCUUGACAGCCGACACAGCGGGAAGAUGACUCUGCUGAGACGGGCGGUGCGGCAGCCAGCAGCAUUAUCUGUCGCAUACAGCAACAACGCCCAGAGGGUCAGCAGCAGCAGCAGCAGCAGCAGCAGUGCUAUACUGCAACUUCGACAGCACUCAACAUCAACAACCAAGGCUCAGCGUCCCGGCGCCGGCAGGCCGACAUGUCCCACUUGCCACGUUGUAUUGGAGACUCGCAGGGACCUGCAGGGAAUGUUCGUUACGCGCUGCCCCAAAUGUUCCCCGGCGAAGUGGACGCCUCGGAACAUCGAGGGCGCUAGCGUAUCACCCCGGGCUUCAUCCUCCAGCAUAGGUCCGGGAGCAAGCCACCCGGGCAUCGGACAGGUGUUUCCGGACUCGCACCGCCGGUCCGGCCCGCCCCCGCCUCCACGUUCCCCGCCGCUCACCCCUCCGAACCCGCACACGCCCCACGGUAGCCUGGAGCGAGAGCUGCAGGACGGUAUCUCGCAGAACUUCAAGCUCAGCUCGGACUCGUCUCAGCAAGCGCGGCGGGGGGGCGCCGCAGCCGGGGGUCGGACGAGCUGGUCCGCGGGGCGGGGGGGUGCGAGCGGGGUGCGAGACGCCUGGAAUGGUCGGGUUGGUGCUGAUGGUAGUCGUGGCGGUUUCGCGAGCCCGUUCGCGGGCGAUGGGAGUUCUGGACAGCAAUAUCCGGGGGCGUUUUCUAAGGGGGAGAUAGGGGGAGGGGCGCGGCGGGGAGAAUUCCCGCCCGUGGAUGCUGUGGGAGACGGGGGCGACGGCGGCGGCAGCGGGGGUGCCGGAACCGGGCCGGACAGACGAAGGGCGGCGGAUCUGUUACCCAAGGAAAUUUACGAGAAGCUUUCGGAGCACGUGAUCGGACAGCACAACGUGAAGCGCGCCUUAGCUGUGGGGAUGCACAACCACUUCAAGCGAAUCUCCGUGUGCCCGCCGACGGAGCAGCCGGGGCCCCACAGAGUGCAACACGCACCACCACCUGAGGCCUUGGAGCAGACGAUGAGUGACGUAGACCUCCAACUGCCUGGCAUCGCCGAUCACGACGCCAUGCCGAAGCCACAGCAGCAGCAAUGGGUUGGGUCCGGGGGCAAGCAGCACAUGCAGGAGCACCAGUACCAGCAGUAUCAACGGCACCGUCAGCGACAGCAGGAGCAGCAAGGACCGCCUCCUCCUCCACAAGACAAUGGGCGGGACGUCCAAAAGGCUAAGCUGAACCUGUCGAACGGGAUCGAGGUGGAGCCGGUGGUCCUCGACAAGACGAACGUGAUGAUCAUCGGGCCCACGGGGUCGGGCAAGACUCUGCUGGCCAAAACGCUUGCGAAGCUGGUAGACGUGCCUCUCGUGAUUGCGGAUGCGACGUGCCUCACACAGGCCGGAUACGUGGGCGAAGACGUCGAGUCCAUCCUGCACAAGCUGUACAUGGAGAGCGGCCAGGACAUCGAGCGCUGCCAACGCGGAAUCGUCUACCUCGACGAGAUCGACAAGAUUUCAAGGAAGACCGAGAACGUCAGCAUCACCCGCGACGUCAGCGGGGAGGGCGUGCAGCAGGCCCUCCUCAAGAUCCUAGAGGCAAGUGGUGGGGCCAUCGUCAACGUGCCGAAGGACGGGGGCCGCAAGAACCCUCGGUCAGACUUCAUCCAAGUGGACACGACCAACAUACUCUUCAUCUGCGGGGGCGCGUUCGCCGGCCUGGAGCAUCUCAUCAACAACCGAAUCGCCAAGUCUAGCAUAGGCUUCGGGGCUAACCUCCCCGCCGACCUCACCAAUCCGGAGAUGCAGACGAACCGACUGCUGAAGGCCGAGCCUCCGGACUUGGUUCGGUACGGCCUCAUCCCUGAGCUUAUCGGUCGAUUUCCGCUGGUAGUGAGCACGCAAGGCCUAGGCCUGGACCAGAUGGUCGAGGUGAUGACGAAGCCGAAGAACUCGCUCAUGAAGCAGUACAAGUUCCAGUUUGGCAUCGACGACGUGGAGUUCCACAUGACAGAAGGCGCGCUCAGAGCGGUGGCGGCCACGGCCAUCAAGAAGGACACCGGCGCGCGCGGGCUCCGGUCGAUCAUGGAGAGCCUCCUUCUCGAAGCCAUGUUCGACGUGCCGGGGUCUGACGUGAAUGCUGUCUAUGUCGACGAGGAUGCUGUGUUGGGAAAAGGAAGUGUGCUUCUCCUCAAGGGGCAGGACACGCUCGAGAGCUACCUGGAGCAACAAGCAGGAGGCAAGGACGGGGGAGGCAAGAAGACCCCCAAGGCUGACGGGGGUGGCGGUUGUGGGGCCAAGGAAGACGGUUGGUUCGACGAGGUCGAGGACGUCGCGAUGUCGUAGCUUGGCUCUCUCCGUCGAUCACGAGUGACCCUGUCUCCACUUCUAUCCCUGGUGUAACCGUUUUCUGCACUGUUUCUAAACUGUUUUAUCCCUCUACAUUAACCCGAGUGAUGUUCUCCCGGGAGCAUGCGGCGGAGGGACGAUGACGAUGACUUCGUCUAUGUUGAGGUAAUUUUUUUCAAGCGUACAACUGGUGGAGAGAGGCGUGGAACCAACUCUACUCCGAUCUCAAGCAGUGGAGUAUUUCGAACUUGUACUAGGCUACCAUGGGGUUGGUUGGUUAACGUUAGGGCCCUUUCUAAACGGGAUGGGGUGGUGUACGGAAUGGUUUCCGUGUACGUCACUGCGUUUGGAUCGGUUACCGUUGUAGGAAAGGGUAGUCGAGCACCAUGGCUAUGCACGCACGCUGCCAGCCCUCCGAAAACAGAACCAGCGCUUAUGUGUUGUAUUUCGUCGGGAACGGAUAGAAGCAUGCGGCGGCCGCUGCUGAUUUGAGUGUCAUCUCGACGGCAGCUCGUUGGUGAGAUGAGUCUCAACGGUACACUAUGCUUCAGGAAGAUUUGUAGGAGCCUGGAGCUUGGGACGGUUAUGAUGCCGAACCUGCACAUUCUAGUUGACCAUGAGCCGCCACGUACGAUUGUAGCUUGGAGAUUGCCCAGGGUUGGCUACCUACUAGCGUUUUAUGGGGAUUCAUUCGUGAUUCGCAAAGAGGGUUGAUCGCUGUUCGCGCACGUGAAGAGUUGGAUUACGUUUUGGUCUUGAGCGUAGCUAGACGAGUUGCAGCGUGAAAGAGGAGAGAGGAACGCCUUUCUCUUGUGGGUGUCAAGUAACCAAGCUGUUGCAGCUUGUUGGCCGCGGGGGAGGGUCUUGUGGGUUGCGUGUCUUCCAGACCGGUAUGAGUAGCGGCUCGUGGUUCUUCCCUUGGUGUUUUCAGUUGAUUCCGCGCAGGAAGUCGCCUCCUCGUGCGAUGCACCGAUCGACCGGGCCUCAAUUCCGUUCGACUCUGCAUCCGUGGAGACAAAAAUAAGGGGACUACGCUUGCCUUGUGUCUUGUACCGAUCGACUGCAUUCGAUUCAAGAGUAUUUUCGUUCGACUGGUAAAGCCCGUGUAAAAAAAAAAAGAAAUGGCGUUUUGCUUUUAGAGCUCGUCUUGCUGCCGUCGACGACUCUUGCUUGUACGCGCGCCGAACAAGUGAUGCGUCAGGCCGUAGAUGGCGAUGUGUGCCGUAGGUGACGUAAUUGCCGGGAUAACGUGCGGGAUUGGUAUGGAUGGUGGUGUCAUGGAGUGCAUUCGUGCCUUAGCGUGUAGGGGGGGGAGCGUGUCGGCCAUGAGAUGGGGCUAUUGCGAUGACAGCACUGUUGCGUGGACAGUUGUGUGCCUGCCCGUCCCCGCCCCUGACAAAGGGAAUUGCUGGAAAGGGCAUGUGAUCCACUAGGUUGGUGGGGGGUGACGCCGAACGGCAGAGCCUAGGCAGAGGUCAGGGGAGAGAUAGAGCAGGUUGCUGUGGAGGCUGCCUAAAAGGGUUUGUAUUUAGUUACGCGCACCAUGUCUACCGCGCUCUGUGUUUCAUGAACGGACCUGUUCACGAUGGGUUUCAGAAUAAUAUCCACGUGGCAUGUCCGAGGAGGGGGAGGAUUCGACUGUUGCGACAAUUUUUCUCCUUUGCGCGUGCUACGUUGCAAGGGACAGCGGUACAAACGAAGGUCGAAGGGUGUAUGAUAACGGGCUACCAACAUUGGGUUAGGUUGCGCAAGGCUACGGCGGUUGGAUGCGCGACCUGAUCUCUUGGUGUUUUGUUUUGUUUGGGUCAAGAGGAAGAGGGAUACAAUGAACAAGGAGGCUGAGGUCCAAACGAUGACUAAGGAUGCCUUUGCCGUGUAGAUACAGAGGAAAAUUAUUCAAAACUUGCCGAUAUCUUGGUCGGUACGGGUUGUUGUCGCUAUGCUAGGUAAGAAACGUUCCUGUAAAUGCCACGCGUUUCCCGGCAUUCCGCGCUGUUUCCUACACCCCUUUUGCUAUCAAUCUUUUAGUCAACCUUUGUGUUCGCGGAGUCCAGAGUUGGUAAGAAUUACGGAGUGAAGCCAAUAGCAAGACGCUCUCCCCGCCAGGGCAGUGGUUGCGGUGGAAUAAUAACAUUGACGAUCAUUUUU